ACACGACUGACCCAUUGCUUUCCCUGUAAAAGUGAAGAGUUAAAUCAGGUUGACUCUUUCUCCCUGCUCUGUAUGGUCGAGUACCAACCAAUGUCCUAUCAGUAUGUGCACAUCAAGAUCGCUUUUACCUUUUUGCGAGCGAGGAGGGAUUCCUAGGAGUAUAAAACCGUAAGGAACAGACACGCAUGCCAGUAUGUGUGUAGUUUGAAUUUAGUGAAGGAACACCGGCUUCGCAGCGGGUCCGUAGGCACGUAAGCUCCGUCGUCUAAUCCAGGACCUCCCCUGCCAUGGCGAAAAUCAUUUCGCUUAAGGCGGUGAUCUUCGGCAGCAUCCUGUUAGUGCGCGCCGAACCACCGGUCACCAGCUACUCGAUCACGGGGGACAAUGCGUUCGAGUACAACAGCAACAUCAUCAAGGACGGCCACAGAGAGAACACGGACUUUUACUCGGCCGGGACCAGUGGACAAUCGUUGAGCAACGGUAGAAGCCAACCCAGCCUCGAGGAUAGUCUGAGAGGCAGUUCUUACAGCGGAUUUUCGCAGAACGCGCACAAUCCUGGCUACCAAGGAUUCUCCAGUAAUGCGCGUGACAGUCUCGGUGCAAGCUCCUACUUCAUGAACGAUCCUAUUCAAUCGUCGUUCGAGAGCUACACGAACGCCAACAACAAUAACAACAACAACGGGGACUCGACUUUCAGCGGGUAUGCUCAGAGCAUGGAUCAAGCGGGAUCCGAGUUCAACCAGGCGAUGUCGUUCUCCAGCGGCAAACACAAGAGUCCAGAAUAUAUGAGAUUCUCCGACAACUUGCCUGGAGCCACCAGCACCGGAAGCUUUCCCGGGCUGACGUCCGAAAGUUCUUCUUUCAGAGACUAUUCCGCGGAUGCGUUCAGGGGCCACACGACGGCCACAGGAGGAUACAUGGACGGCGAUCAAACGUUCACCAGAGAGCCUUCCAGCUUGUUGAACAGUCCUAGCACCGACUACUCUUACGGGAAACACAAGGAGAGCGUGUUCGGAGCUGGUAGCGGCAAGUACGCGAACGACGUCUACUCUCUUCAUCCCGAGAAUCGCUACGUGCGAGGCAGCCAUGGAAACGGGGCGAGAGAUUACGUUUCUCCGAUGUACCUGCCAAUGUCCGCCGGUAGUAGUACUCUGCUCAAUAACUUGAGGGGAACCUCCGAUCUUUCCCAAUACGGUACGGCGAGUACAGCGAACACGGGGAAGUAUAGCAAAUAUAACAAGUACCUGGGAGACUAUGCCCUUAACGCUGGUUACAACUAUCUCUCGAAGGAACCAGAGCCUGAUUACUCGUUCGGUAAUUACGGUAAUUACGGUAAUUACGGUAAAGGUAAGACAACAGCGUUCAAAGACAGUAGGCCAAGUAGCUAUAACGCCCAAGCUUAUCUCGGGGACAGGGCACCGUCCUAUCCAACUAAAACUGCUGUGAGCUACAAGGGUAAACCAGGUUACAUCAGCUACUCCGGCAGCUCUUCCGCUGCUUAUGCUACGAUGCCGAGUCUACAUGGUACUUACAAUAGCAACAGCUACACAGACAGUCCCAUACUUAGAAGAUACCGCAGCAGUAGUGGACACGUCCCCGGGCAUGGAACUAUAUAUUCUGGUUAUUAUUAACAGCCUUUGGCCCUUCUGUCUUUUUCGUGUCUUUCUGUGAGAAAUGUGAUGAACAUAUUGUAUUUUGUACAUAUUUAUUGUAUGCCUAUUUAAACCUAAUGAAAACCACAUUGUUGUUUAUACGUUGUUUAAAAUAAAGUUAUCUCAAAUAAU